UUUGAAAAGGGCCUACGUGGCACUUGGCUCAAAGUCUAGAAGGCGUGCAUUUGCAAAAUUGAACGACAACAAGUUUAUAAGGUAUGUAAUGCACACAAUUUUGCUUACCUGUGAUGCUCUCUUGCGGAAAAUAUUACCUGAAAUGGAUGCUCUGAAUAGCUCUAGAACGCUCUGAGCAAAAUAUCAAGUUAAGUCAGUCGUUAACGCAAUUUAAGACUAUGAUGAGAAAUCGCCUUCUAAUGGACUCUAACUGAAAUUAUAAGAUCACAGAACACUGCUAGCAUUGAACUCAGUAAUAAAUAGUUCCAUCAUUAGGUAUUUAAGUAAUGUAACCUCCUGUAUUUUAAUUUUUAGACACGCAGUACCCCCUUGCUUUGUUUUGUUUUAUUUCAUGUCAUUCUAUUUUGUUAAAUAUUUCACUGAAAAGCCCCGCGGGGACGUGAAAUAAAUGUAUGUACGUAUGGUAUGUCUUACUGGAUUUAUGAAAACAUGUUUUCAGUGGGUGUCUAAAGGUCCUAUGUUAAGUGUGUCCUUGGUACCAAGACUUGGAACCUUCCCACCCAGGACAAUGGGUGACUGCCUGCACCUCCCACUGAGCUCUGCAAUUAUCAUGAUAAUCAUUCUAAGCAGAGGCCUGGUUCAGCUGGCUAGGGCAAAACCAAUGUACUCGCCAGUCAAAGCCUCCACUGAACACUGUUCCUUACUGAAGGGGUUGUGUCAAAACAGCCCCCUCCCUACCCCACUAGUUUUGACCCCAAGGCCUGAUCCACCCACCCACUGUUAGGGCAGUCCCUGAGCUAUCCAGCCGUACCGACCAAGACGUCAAGCCCCCUACUUUUUUGGACACCCGACUAGCAGCCCGGCGCCAGACGAAAACCUAUAGUGGCCACGUUUUAACGAAAUCAGACGUAUGUAUAUGUGUAAUCUCCUCAAAUACCGUGAUUCGUAUACUGAAUCCUUACCGCGAGAGUAGAAAGCUCUUGGAUCUACCGAACUAAGACUUCGAAGUUAGACUUGAGAGUUAUUGGAUGGAAAUCGCAAGCUUCAGUAUGUCAUACACAGCUUCCUCUCGGCCUCUUUAAUCAGUUCCAAAAGUUAACUUUAUUAGAUAUCUAUCAAAUUAAUGAUUUCUUGUGAGUGCACAUUCUGUUUGAUAAACUUAGAACAAAAUCUCUUCCUGUGUAUUUUAAUGAUUUUUGUACAGAAAAUACUGAAGUCCACAACCACUGUACAAGGAAAAAAAAUAAUUUAGUCAAAAAGUUUAUCAGGACAAAUUAGAAUAGAAUAGAACUUUAAUAGAAUCAUCCUCAAUAGGUUUUUCAGACACUAUUCACAAGAUUUGCUCUAACAGUUGUCCUUUUAUAGCUUGCUUGAAAGACUGCAAGGAAACGCAUUACUUCAUGUCAUUAUCUAAAUUGUUUCAAAUACUAGUUCCUCUAUAUGCAAAUGUGCGUUGUUUAGAAGCAGUUCUAUACAAUGGUAUAUGUAAUAAAUCACGCUUGCGGGUGUGGCGAGCAUAGAUGCUGGAGCGUUUAAAAAAUUUAUCUACCAGAUGUUUGGGUGCGAGGCCCUUGCAACAUUUGUAAGGUAACACAAAGUCCCUAUAAUACAUAUAAUUGUUGAUAGGAAGCCAGUUAAGUUGGCGGAGUAAAGGGGUCACGUGGUCAAAUUUCCUAGAAUUCGUUACAAUUCUGCUUGGUUUUUACGUGUUCAUUCAACUAGAAAUAAGAGUAAUUAGUGUAUGAAAUUCCAUCCCAUGUAAGAUAAAACCGUCUAUUUCAAUAAAUAUAUUUAAGAUAACGAUCAAACAGUUUUUACUAUCAGAAUAACCAUUGUAAUCAAACCUUAGUUCUAGGUUGCUAUUUUUGUAUGCUUAUUUGAAAUAGUGUAAUACAAGUUACAUAAAUUUUUGAUAAUCGAAUGGCUGAUACCAAAUGUAUUAUAGAAAUAAUAUUAAGGUCAUUUAAAGGGGGACUACCCUUUAAAAGCCUGAGAGGGUUUCUGUAGUCCUCCUCCAUUUGUUAAUAAUAAUUAGUUUAAUAACAUUUAUUGACCAAAUUGGAAAUAGACUCUAUUGACAGAUUGAUUGAGAAUCGCAAUUCCGUGAGCUUUCCUAGUAAUUAUAGUCAAUAACUACGUAAAACGGGAGGUUCCUCAUUGGAAGUGAAGUGCGGCCCCUUGUACAAAGAUCAAGGGGUUGGAACGGUAGUAAAUAUUAUAUUGUAUCUCAGUUUAGGAUAUCACAUGGUCUUCAAGGUUGUACGAUUAAAAAAGGAGAGAGUCGUUGUCUCCCUCGCAGCCGUUUCUGUCUCUAGCAUUGCGUGAAGAGAAACUUAACAAGGUUCAGCGUGUUUGAAACACUGCAGCAAGUUAAGGCUUGUUUGCUGCGCUCCGCGCUUCAGCCAUUUUAUACCACUGAUGUAUCAGCUACAUUGGCUUUCGUUAAAGCAGCGCAUUGAUUUUAAGAUUUUGUUAUUUGCAUUUAAGGCUAUCCAUUGUAUAGCCCCUACAUACAUUCAGAACUUAGUUUCUUUGAAAUCGCAAGGCACAUAAAACCUCAGAUCGUCAGCUGGGAUUUUGCUAGCAUCGUCAACAUUUAGAACUAAGAUCACACUAAGCGAUAGGUCCUUCCAGGUGGCUGCGCCCAAGUUAUGGAAUGCUCUUCUGCGUGAGCUUCGCGAUAUCGCAAACUUGCAUCCUUUUAAGAGCAAUCUUAAGACGUAUCUUUUUAAGUUUGCUUAUGGUUGAAUGAAUUUUAAUUGUUACAUAUCGAUAUUUUACAUUUUUAUGGCGGAAGUGUAUAUAUUUUUAUUGCUUUGCAUAUUGUAAAUAGGUUUGUAGUUUGUAAUGCGCAUUUGAUCAUUUUUAUGAAUACCAGCGCAACAUAAGUGAUUAAAUUAUUAUUAUUAUUAUUAUUAUUAUUAUUAUUAAAAAUGAAAGAACAUUGCCUCCCCCUCGCAUCGUCACUUUAACGUUCGCUACUUUCCCAAAAUACUUAACUUUACAACUGACAUGACAAAACUCCUCGCACUCGCGUCCGACUCUCGACUGCCAGCCUCAUACAAAAUAUUCACGAAUGUCUACUGAACCAAGAGGUCGCAGAUUCAAGAAUGCUAAGAAACUCUUUAAUAAAUUUGUCGCCAUUUCCUUUUAAAGAGUGUUCAGAAAGAAUCAUAGAUUUUUACUUUCUGGUGCUCUCAACAUUCUCGGAGGAAAAACUUUGGCCGCCAUUACACAGUGCAAUCAUGUUGGAUAGGGUGCUACCCGGUGGGGACUGGGGACUAGUAAAACAGCGAAACAAACUUCUAAACUACGAAAUCGAGUUCUCAGACGCUUUCAAGACAAAAAUAGGCAGCUGCCCUGUGCGGGCCGCAAUGACCGCUUUCAUUUUACAGAAAACAGGAAAACGGGAGCCCAUCAAAUUUGAUUGGCUCCUGCAGAAAGCUACUUUGUUCAGUAUAAGAAACGCAAUAAUUCGAAACCGACAUUAGUUUUAUACUGUACAUGGCCAUGGUCCGACACGAAUACACCCAAUGUCCUAAUUUUUUUUUUUUUUCAGUUUUUCAGUUUUUUCAUGCAAUGGAAAAUGAUGAUGAUAAUAUAUUGAUGUUGUUUUUUAUAUAUAUAUAUAUAUAUAUAUAUUUAUUUAUUUAUUUAUUUUAUUGUAUAAUUGGAAGGAAAAAGGUUUGUUUUCUUACGACUCCAUUGCGAAAAUGUUGGAAAAUAUAUGAAAAAAAGUUUCGUAUAAUCGUACUAUAAUGCGUUGCAUAUGUAAAGUCAACGUAACAGUUUUUUUUUUAUUACCCUAGUUGUCGUGUAUCUUAAAACGGCGAAAGCAAGUUGAAGGGUUUUGGGCUGAACGAUUUUUUAGAGCAUUAUACGCUCAGAUAUUAACUGCCAGUAAGCUAAAAUUUAUUUAGAGCAACUGUCUAGGCUCUUAUAGUACAGAGUGCGCAUGAAAGAAAAUAUUUCAUACGUUAUGGCGUUAUUCCUACUCUCAUUGCGGAUAUAAUUUAGCGUAUUAAAUUCUGCAAGCAGAAGACUGCAAUGCUAGCUUGCAAUGCUUAUCGUACUACGUGAAAAUUAACUUUACACGACAUUAACACGACACCGAAAGAACCCAAAACAGAGCGGGAUUGUUGCCAUAGACAGCUGUUUCGCAAUUAUUGUAGCUCAUUAGUAUGGCGUGACACACAGAGAAGCUCUGCUAGAAAAAUAACCCGCACACUCUAAUUUUUGACCUGGAACUUGUUGAAACUCCAACACCCACAGAAUCACGCCAGAUCACGUGUCGAAUUUCUUUUGAGUACAGAAGCAUGCAUUUGGGCUUACAAAUAAAAUUUCAAAAAAUGACCUCAGUGUGUUUAUUAUUUUGUUUAUGUUCAUUCAUAAAAGUAGUUCAAAGAACGGUCGUAAGACAACGGUAUCUAAAUUCAUUCACGCAUUGCUUCAGCACCGACUAUGUCGGCGAAUUUAGCCUGUCUUUCAACUCGAUUUCGAAUUCCCCUGACAAAUUUCGAUUCGUGAGGCUAGUUAAUUUCUUUUCAAAAUCAGUCUUACCUGUCAUUCUAAAGGAAAUACAAUCAUUUUUUUUACUUCUACUUUCCGUUUAUUGCAUAAACUGUGACACGCUAUUCAGAAUAAGACCAAAAAUGUUUUGCAAUUUACCUUAAGACGGAGAACGGUUGACUCAGCGAAAGAUAACUCAAAGGCACGAUUUGUUUACGUGCGGACAGAUGACAGCACACAUCAACUCGGCACCGAUGACUGACUCAACCGAAGCCAAAUUGAAAUGUUUUCUGUUUUGAUUAUAUUAUAAAAGAAAUGGUACAACCAUCGAGUUAUGGAUGCACUUCGGAGGUUUGCUAAGCACUCAAGAAGCUAGAGUUGCUCUCGCCCAAGUACAUUAAGCAUGGGUCAACAACUAGGUGUUUCCCGUAAAAAUGAAGGGGAUGGUUUAUAAUAUGAAUUGUUUAUUAUGAAGCACAAAAUUCCAAAAAAUAUUACAAACCACAAAAAAUUAUACUUCACAACACACACAAAUUAAUGAUCCAGGCCUCUUGGUGAAGUUUAUAAUAAAUAAAUAAAUAAAUAAAUAAGUGUAUUUUUUUUUCCAUGCCUUUCCUUUAAAAAAAUCUUGACAUUGCCAAGCGUAGAUAUGACUUACCUUACCGCCUUGAAGAAUUAAUAAAACAAGAAAAAGUGUGCCCAUUUAAGUUCAAAGCUUUUCUGGGCAAGGCGAGUCACGUGACAUUAUUUGCAUAUUUCGUGUAGGCCAAAUAGACAAAAACUAGCGGUGUUUGUGUCUGACAAGUUUUCAACCUGCUACUGCUAGUGCAUCGAAAGAUAGACCACCCCUUCACUUUUCGACUUAAUAACCGGGGACCCAUGUCAACUUGGGAGGCUACUCCUCGAGUAAGUCUUACGCUUCUUUUCUGCAUAGCAACCUUCCGCGCGCAUUUCUUAAUUCUACAAAAGGCAUGUUUUUUUUUAUUAUGUCUCGAUCUCACUUUAUAUCUCUGUCUUACAGCACCACUGUGGCAUCAAGAUGGCCGAAGGAAAGAUCCCUCCAGAGGUCAAAUUUCCCGGUGCGUCAAACUGGGAGCAGGCAAUGUUGCUGAUAAAUGGCUUAAAAACUCUGGAGUAUUAUCUUGAACAGUGUUUUUUAUCCGGUCGAAAGGAAAUUACUAUUCUUCUAAGUGGAAAAACGGGUGCCGGCAAGUCGCAUUUGGUAAAUGCUCUUAUUGGCCAAAAUCUUGCAAAAGAAGGCUAUACCCUUGACCCAGAAACCUUUGAGGUAAGUUCUGAAUUCGAACCAGAACUCUGAAAAAAGGAUCGCGCUGGCACUAAAAGAGUCAUGUGUUAAGUAAUUAUUACCGCCGCCGUCAGCACUAGUAUGACGCGAUUGUACGCUAAGUCAGCCAAAAAAUACUACUAGUUUUUUGCUGGGUGUUACUAACCGGAGAGUUGAAAGUAAUGUUUCCGCAUCUCUCUGACAUAACUGCGGCAUGUCUUCUAUACUCUUUACUUCGUCAGAGCCGAACGAACGUUAUUUCACGUACUUUAUUAAUUUGCUUCACCUUCACUUUUCUGUCCCUAGAUGUGGCGUUUGUAAUGUGUUUUUUAUUUCAGGUGACACCUUACCAUUUUACCAUGAACAACGUGCAAAUUACAGUGUUUGACACUCCAGGACUGGCGGAUGGUACCGGCAAUGAGGAAGGGUAUCUGCGAAAAAUCAAGGAAGGGGUAACUGAUCCUUGCGACAUGUUCAUUUUCUGCACAGAGAUGAACAGCCGACGAUUCCGUAAUGACGACAUUAAAACGGUGGAGAUGUUGACGGCAACGUUUGGUGCUCAGCUAUGGGAACACGCCGUCGUGGCUCUGACGUUUGCCAAUGAAGUUCUUCACCCAAACAAGGACGCCACCCAAGAAGAGCGCUUAAGUCUCUUCAAUGAGCGCAUGCGAUGUUUCAAGAAGACAAUACAAGAUGUCCUACUAAAAGUCGGGGUGGCCGAAAAAGUAGUCAUCAAUGUGCCAUUUGUUGCAACUGGAGUCCUGUGCGAGCCAUGUUUACCUGGCAUUACCAACUGGCAGACGGCAUUUUGGAUCGCAACUUUCAAACGCCUUGACAAAAGUGCCAGGUUCCCUUUUCUUAUUUUAAACAAGGAUCGCUUAAAAAUCUCUUCCGCUGAGCCGGACGUCCAAGCAAAAGAGCGUCCUCUUCGAAGGAGCCUGCCACCCCAAGAGGCAGAAGGGGCUCCACAGCGAAGGCAACGUAGAAGCUUUCAUGGGUUCGAACUUGUGAACCGAGAGCAGGACAGCGGCUACGAGCCUGAUAGUGACCCCGACACCGAAUUUCGAACAAAAAGCCGCUCCUUGCCAGUAAAAACGUCCAAGAUACCACCAAAAACAAAGCCUAAACCAAAGAAAGGAAAGAUGCAACAGGAUACCUCCACCAUCGACAUAGACGAAGCAGCUGCCGCUGAAGUGGUACUGGAAUUUAUAAGCGAGGUGGGUGAAGGAGCUAGCAGGUUAGCCGGAGAGUAUAUUCACCCAGGAGCUGGAGAUGUAUUCCAGACUGCAUUUAGAUGGAUAAUGAGACUACUAAAAAGAUUAUUUCAGCGAAAUUCUUCCAAGGAAGAUGCAAGAGAUGAAGAUGAAGAUGAAGUCGAUCAAGAAGCUGAUUGACUUUCGCAGAAGAGAACUUUAGAGACCCGAUAGCUGUAUAUUAGAGUCUAUCACACAUCCUGUCCGUCUUUGUUUUUGCUAAGACAUGUAUCCUAAAACCGAGGGAUAACUCUCUUUCUUAAAACCGAGUCUGGUAAAAGUUUUUAAACAUGCCAAAUAGUAGCCUUACAAACGUUGGACAACUCUGUAGUUAGGACGGGUUUCUGUUGACUUCGUUAUGCUAGCAUUUUUCGAGUAAUUUUUAUGAGGCC